GUUGGGCAGCUGAACCUGUGCGUGCUUCGCGCUAGAGACGCUCGUUUUCUGUAUAUUGUAGCCAGGAUCCCGGUGUAAAUACGAUUUUGAGGAACACACCUAAUCGAAUGUAGUGUAAUUAUAUGUAUUGCUGACACUGACGUAAAGCAGAAAUCAAUUUAGGAUUUCAUCUGCUUAAAUGAUAGGGAGGCUGGAAAGCCUAGAAAAUAACAUUCAUUUUGUAGCAGGUCUGCAGUUCAUCUCUGUCAGUCACGUAAACAACAACGGAUGGCUACCAGUGCCAAGAGACCGUCCCUGCAGGGUCCAGUGCCGCCUCCGCGCAAGAAGACGGCCCCUAAACCAGAGCUGACCGAGGAGCAGAAGCAGGAGAUCCGGGAGGCGUUUGAACUGUUUGACACCGACGGUUCCGGAUUCAUCGACGUCAAAGAGCUGAAGGUCGCGAUGAGAGCUCUGGGGUUUGAACCGAAGAAAGAGGAGAUCAAGAAGAUGAUCAGUGAAGUGGAUAAGGACGGCACAGGGAGGAUCUCUUUUACCGAUUUUCUUGCAGUCAUGACACAGAAAAUGGCUGAGAAGGACUCCAAGGAAGAGAUCCUGAAAGCCUUCCGCCUGUUUGAUGACGACGAAACGGGCAAAAUCUCGUUCAAGAAUCUGAAGCGGGUGGCCAAGGAGCUGGGGGAGAACCUCACAGACGAAGAGCUGCAGGAGAUGAUCGCAGAGGCAGACAGGGACGGGGAUGGAGAAGUGAACCAGCAGGAGUUCCUGCGUAUCAUGAAGAAGACCUGCCUGUACUGAACCAGACACGGUGGCCAAGGGUUUUUACAUGUAAUGCUGCUCUUAUACGUGUUUCUAUUGCAUAGCUAUAUCCCCCUUUCUAUUUAUUAUGUUACAUUUCGGCUUAUAACGAGUCCAUCAAAAGCUUCAGGCGCAAGAAGACAAACAGGAAGUGUGACUAAACGCUUCCCUCUUCGAUAUGCUGCAUAUACAUACAUGCGAUGAUACUAUACUCAGUGCCUGUCUCACGCUAUAUUUUAGUGCUUCGUUUGAUAGUAGACUUUGUGUGUUAUGUUGUGGUUUCCAGCACUUCCUGGGUUUCAUGUUUUGGCUCAUACUGGUUUUCCAUAAACCAGAAGGUUGUACUACCUGUGGAUUUGUGCCUGUGCCUCUGAGGGGCAAUCAUCAAUUAGAACUGAGAUCGGUCUGACAUCUCUGACCUUUCUCACGAGUUCCAUCUUUAAAACAUGCUUAAUGACGUAUUUUUCUUGUACUAUUCACUAUUUAUCGCUCUCUGUGUAUUUAUUUGUCUGACUUCUUAAACAUUUUGUAUAAUAUCUAGGUGAAUUAAUAAUCGUAAGUGUUUGCCAUACAAAUUAAAUACCUUUAAGCAGUG